AUGUCAUCAGAGACACGGCCAACACCGGCCGAAGACACCGCUGCUGUCGUCACUGUUCAGGGCGUUGAAGGGGAAGCACUCCCAACCACCACCAGCACCAACACCAACGCCACUAUGAACACGACUCAUACGACUACUACUGCUGCUGCUGCUGCUGCGGACAUGACUAUUAUCCCAGCUGUUAGUACCGGAACAACAACAACAACAAAGACAACAACAGAAGCUACAAUUCCUCCUCCUAGUACGACUGGUACCGGUCCUACGACCGAACAGGAGGUUGCUACUGCUACGGUUGUUGGCGCAGCUCAUAGUACGGGCGAUAAUGUAGGAGAACCGGUUUCUGCAUUAUCCACUGCCCAGAUUGCUUUGGCUUUGGAGCAGGUGCCGAAAAAGUCCGACGCAUGUGCUGAGGACAUAAGCGGGGCCCAUGAGUUGGCCAGUAAGGCAAAUUCAAACGAGAGUUUUAUGGAUGGAGCAACGCCCAAGGUACCAUCUGCGGAGCAGAAGCCCGAUGCCAAGUCGAAGUCGUCCUCUUUGCCUGGGAAGAACAGAAAGAAAAAGUCACCCCCUGGUGUCCACAAAUCUAAUUACAGGCAGCCAAACACCCCCGCCAUGGCGGAGAUGAGAGGGAGCAGCACAAGGACGCCAUUGCAUCAACCAUUACAGCCGCCACCUAUGUAUCAGGCGCCUAUUGUGGUGUCGUCGCUGAUGCCAUCGGCACUACCUCCCCCUCCGCCACCACCGCCCCAGGGGGCAUUUUAUCUCGCACCACAUGGUAUGCCGCCACCACCACCGCCACCCCCUAUCAUUUCAUCUUUUUUUUCAGGACUUGGAGCACUUCAAUCCACAACACCACCACCACUGCCACCGCCGUCAUUCAUGCCAGCUCAGUGUGGACGAAUACCGUUCGGUACUCCAGUGGGAAUUCCCAUGCAAGCAAUGCUGAUGACAAAAGGUCCUGAUCCGGCCUUGCUAUCCACAUUGUUUACCAACGGCACAAUUCCGCCACCGCCGCCGCCGCCACCAUCACCACCACCGCCACCGCCACCGCCGCCACCACCGCCACCACCGCCGCCUUCAUCCUUUGCGGCUUCAUUGGUGGCAUCCUUGCAACAACAGAAACAACAGUAUCAGCCUCAACAGCAAAAUCAGUCGGGAAGGCCUCUACCGAUGCCAAAAAAUACGCGAGUAAGUGUCGGUAAUGCCACUUUAGCAGCUUUGGUAUCGAAGGAACCGCCAAAGUUUUCAUGUGUGUUGCUUUCCGGCGUUCCUGCCGUUGGGAAAACUACAAUGGGACGAGAACUAGUCAAUGAACUCAGAAGGGAUGGCCUUGGGUGGAUCUUCUUUUCUGGUGCCGAUUUUCUUGCAGGGACAACGGCAAAACGACCUGUAUGGGAGACUACAAAGGAGAUUUUCGAUGCUCUGCAGAAACGUCUGGACGAACUUCUUGAGCAACAGCGUAAAGAACGUAAUGUUAAGGGACUUGUUAUUGACAAAAAUGUGAAGGGUAUUGAGGAUGUGUACUACCUUGCCUCACUGCUGAAGGCGAAGCAGAUUCCAUUUGUUGGCAUUGUGGGAAUGGAGGUGAACGACGACGGUGUGCUUUUGAAGCGUAUGAAUGGUGGUGAAGAAAUGCGGGAAAAGAUUAAGUACCAUCGUGUUAUCCAUGCUAGAGUUCGUGCUCUUGCAAAAGCUGCAGGGAUGUACCGCGGGAUUGACGCAGCGAAAUCGAAGGAGGAGGUUUUAAAUGCAUUGUGCACAAUGGUACUGGGUUGCUGUGCACAGCCCCCACAGCGUGGGAUACGGACAGACCUGUAUGCUAACUCGGCGGCGGCGACAAUGGUGGACGAUCAUGUGGAGUACUGUGAUGUU